AUAUCAUUAUUUGAAUGAGAUAUAUCUUGGGACACUUUUUGGGCCCUAAAGUAACUUUCAAAAGUAGGCCAAAGAAAAAACAAAAACAUGUUGACUAAACUUAGUAUUAAUGUAAUAAGACUUUUACAUAUAGAGGUAAACUAGGCCCAGAUCAAUAGCUAUAUGCAGCUUAACAAGACAAUUAUCGGCCAUAACACACAGACACACUCCAACACACACAUCACAUUUGGUUAUUUUAUUGUUUGUAUAUCGUUCUAUUUUAAAUGUGUGUGACUGUCUUUGCCGAUCAGCGUCAGUGUUUGUGUUUUUGUUUUUGUGGACCCCAGGAAGAGUAGCUGCUGCUUCUGCAAAAAAAACGAAUGGGUAUCCAAAUAAACAAAUAAUGACUAAUAAUGAAAAAUGAAUUCCUGCAAAAUCCAAAUCCUAUACCCUGGACUGUCUAUACCCGUUAGAGAUGGGGUUACGUUAUGUUUCGCUAAACUGCAUUGAUUGUGGAAUUGAUAGUCUAUUGAUAUUCUAUGAAUUGCACGUGUCCAUCCUCCUAUCAAUUGGAAUAGUCAUUGCACGAGAAAGACUGCAUGCAUGCAAAUAUAAAUGGUAUAAUGCAUUUAGAGCGUGCAUAGACAAAAGUAACCAAUAGGAGGUACUGUGUCAUUCUCCAAGAAGCCAUCUCAUCUACCAUGCAUCCCAGCCCGGGGACACAGCCGUAUCUCGGCUUUGAUUUGUUCCCUAAUUGACCUAAAUAAAGCAUCUGAGAGACGGGGUCCCGUCCAACCCCUCAAUGCAGACUAUCACACAGUGUAUAGUAGGGGGCUCAAAGCGAGUAAUUCUCGUAUUUUUCUGGAGUAAUCUUUCUCGCUGCCUCCACUGUCCAAUCGCAAGAGGCAAUUUUUUUGCUUCGAGUGGAUCGCGCCAUGUAAUUUACAGUAGUAUAUCUACGGAUUCACUCACAUUCUCGCGCUCUAUCUCGAACUCUCAUGGAUAGCUCGACGGACUUCGAGAGAAAGAUUAGGCAUAACUAAGACCAAGCAAAAGAGACACACAAGAAUGUCUAAACAGCACGUAAAUAUUUUGUAAGUCAUUUAUUUAUCGGUGACUAGGUGGUUUGAAGACGACAAAAAAUAUGCUUGUUAAGGCACCGGAGUCUCAACAUCAUGGUCCAACGUCAAGAAGCUCGUCAUUUUCCAUUGAGAAUUUACUUCGGUCUACUACCGGGACUACAGACAGGCUGUCUACGACCGAAGAUGAGGGGGAUUGUAAGGAAACGGGACUCUCUUGCAACCAAGUCGCUGUCAUUGAGAGCCGCUGCAACCAAGUGGAGCGUCAAGUGUCUUACUUUGGAUUAAACGCCCAACGCCACUGGUGUGGGACAUCGCCAAACAAAUCUUGCAGUGAUUUACAGAGUCCGCAGUGCCACUCCAGCAACUCCGAUGAUCCCGGAGGCUCUCUAAAAACCAGCAACCGGGAUUCUCCCGCUCUACCGGAGCCGGUGGAAGACAACGACCAACCGGACGAGAGGGCAGAGGGAAGUCUGACAGACGUCAAGGAUGACGAAACAGGGUCUUCCUGCUUCGCCCGGGAAGACAGUGAAACACCUGAUACGAAAGCAGCUUGCAAGAAGAAGACCCGCACCGUGUUCAGCCGGAGUCAGGUUUUCCAGCUGGAGUCCACCUUCGACAUGAAACGCUACCUGAGCAGCACUGAGCGGGCGGGGUUAGCCGCCUCUCUACAGCUCACCGAGACGCAGGUCAAGAUUUGGUUCCAGAACCGCAGGAACAAGUGGAAGAGACAGCUAGCCGCCGACAUUGAGGCCACGAGCAUCUCGUAUUCGACUCAAAGGAUUGUCAGGGUUCCUAUUCUGUACCACGAGAACGCAGCACCUGGGACACUGAGCGCAAACCUGGCACAGGUGUCGCCACCCUUCUCGAGUACUGUGAAUUAUCCCGUCUCCCAGUUCACCCACCCCAUGUCUUUUAUAAGAUCACAAAUCACAGGCCUUGUGUGAGACACACAUUAUUGGUGUAUUAUAUGGAAUGAACGUAUUGGACAUGGUAGAGCAGCGUUUACCAAACUCGGUCCUGGGGACUCCAAGGGGUGCACGUUUAGAUUUUUGCCCUAGCACUACAAAGAUGAUUAAAAUAAUCAAAGCUUGGUGAUUAGUUGAUUACUUGAAUCAGUUAUGUAGUGCUAGGGCAAAAACGAAAACGCGCACCCAUUGGACUCCCGAGGUUUCCGCGUUUGGAUUCAUUGCUGACGGUGACUUUAUUGCAAGUCACCAAAAUCACAGCCACAUUCAUAAGGCAACAACACUUUGACCAACCUGUUUAGUCUAUAGGCCACAACUUCUCUAUUUUAAUAUGCAAGUUGCAAUUGCCAUGUAUUUUCUUGAUUUGAGUGUGUACAAAGAUGUGAAUCCCUCAAGCCAGACACUAUUCUACAUUUGGGGAUGUUAACUUAAGCAUAUAUCAUUAGAUUUAUAUAAUUAUUUACAUGGAAACUGGAUGGAAUAUUGUCAAGGGUUAGUCAACCAGUUUGUGUGUUUGUAUUCUUUUUAAAUGACAAAAUUUGUAACCUGUAGAUAGACUUUUUACGAGCAUGGAGUUACGGGGACUGUAUUAUUUUACAUUUCUUAGGCUAUUUAAAGUGGGUUUCAUAUGACAUUUUGUACACGAGUUGUCCGAUCAAUGUAAAUAAAAAUGUAUGAAGUGCACACCA